CUUUGCAACGAUCCCAGUUUCUCACAAACUUCCUCAAUCGAGAUGCAGUGGAACUCCCUCGUCGCCCUCGCGCUCGUCGCACCCAGCCACGCCCUGAUCCGUUUCGGCUGCUCCCAACUCGUCGUCGACCGCCUAGAUCCCCUAGUCAACCCCGGCCUUACUCCCUCACCACAUCUCCACCAGAUUAUAGGCGGAAAUUCCUUCCAACCGAGCAUGAAACCCGGCGAACACGACCUCGCCGCCCUCUCAACCUGCACAACCUGCCAACCCUCUGACGACUUCUCCAACUACUGGACCGCAGCCCUGUUCUUCCGCGCCAGGAACGGCACAUACAAGCGAGUCCCUCAGAAGGGGAAUGUCGGGUUCGAAGGCCAAAAGGGUGGAAUGACGGUCUACUACAUGCAGAACCACCUUGGAGAUUUCCAGCAAAAGUCGAAAGUCACGGCGUUUAAACCGGGAUUCCGGAUGUUGAUUGGUAGCCCCACUGCGAGCACAAAGGAGGAAGCGGACAAGUACCCGCAACUCACGUAUACGUGCUUGCAAGAUAUGAACACGCGGUUCCCCGAGACGAAGGACUUCCCGAAGAAGCCUUGUCCUGCGGGUAUCAUGGUGAACUUGCGAUUCCCCACAUGCUGGGACGGCGUCAACGUCGACUCCCCCGACCACAUCUCCCACAUGUCGUACCCAGCCAACGGAACCUUCGAAUCGCAAGGGCCGUGCCCGGCCUCGCACCCCGUGCGCGUACCCCAGCUCAUGUACGAAGUCAUCUUCGAGACCAAAGCGUUCAACAACAAAGCCGACUGGCCCGCCGACGGAAGCCAACCGUUUGUGUGGAGCUUCGGUGACAGGACCGGCUACGGCAACCACGGCGACUACCUCUUCGGCUGGAAGAACGACUCGCUCCAGAAGAUCAUGGACGAGGAGUGCUAUGUCAAUUGCCAGACGAUGAAGACGCAGCCCAUUUCGGCCAUGAAUGCUUGCUCGGUGGGGAGGAAGGUGGAUGAGGAUAUUGGGGAUGGUGGAUGGAUCGAGUCGUUGCCUGGUGUGCCGAAUAGCAAGAUCCGCUAG